AUGUUAGGGGAAGAGGUCAUGCUAGGGGAAGAGGUCAUGUUAGGGGAAGAUGUCUUGUUAGGGGAAGAGGUCAUGUUAGGGGAAGAGGUCAUGUUAGUGGAAGAGGUCAUGUUAGGGGAAGAGGUCAUGUUAGGGGAAGAUGUCAUGUUAGGGGAAGAUGUCAUGUUAGGGGAAGAGGGCAUGUUAGAGGAAGAGGGCAUGUUAGAGGAAGAGGGCAUGUUAGAGGAAGAGGUCAUGUUAGAGGAAGAGGUCAUGUUAGAGCAGCUGUUGGCUCAAGGUCAAGAUGAGGAUAUCGCUUCCAUGCCCUUGUCGCUUCUCCCCUUGCUGGUCUUCGCCCCUUUCCCCCCUUUCCCUCCCUUACAGGCUCUAGGAUCGCUCUAA